UACGCGACGCUUCGCACCAAACUCGAGUCAGUUUUCGCACAUGCCGACGCUGAAAAAUGCCGUCUCUGCUACCUGUGUUUCCGCUCAAGAACCCAAUCUGUUUCGUUCCUCAAGGCUUAUUCUCCCAGCUCGGUAGGCCGGAAGAGGAGAUCCCGCAUUCAACCAACGUCCAGCAUUUCACGGGAACUGGGUACGCAGAGAUCCAGCAAGCCAAAUGGAACAAGUUCAUCCAGGCCAGGAUACGAGUAGAGGAGGCAAAGAAGAAGUUUAGCGAUGCUAGCAAGUUGCACUCGACCGCGGGGCCGCUGGCGGAGGUCCCGGGCUGGAAGGACGCCACAAUAGAGAGCUUCCGGCUCCAGUUCAGGAUCAUCGACCUCAACGGAGACGGCCUCAUCGAUUUCAAGGAAAUGUGUGUAGCUUUGGACAAGAUUGAAGACAAUUCAAGCAACGAGAAGAGAAAAGAGUACUUUAGAGAGAUUGACAAGGACCAGUCAGACGGCGUCGACUUUGAGGAAUUUCUGGGAUUGCUAGUGAGAGUAAAGCAGGAGGAAGGGGAGAAGGGAGGGUGUCUCAGCAAGUUGUGUCAGUCUACACAGCUCGGUAUCCAGGCAGUGUUCCACAUAACCCAGCUACUGCCUCAGGAACAAAUACACUUUGGACUCUUUUAAACAGUCAGUUAGCUAUACGACACACAUACGAAAUGUUUUUUGACUUGUCUCGCAUCCAAUCAUGAUCAUUGUGUAAUGACUCAUUGAGGGUAAUAACGACAGGGGUAAAAAUAUUGAUUAAAUUCUAGUCCUAAUAGAGUUUCCAGAGGCUAAUUCGACUGUCUUUGGAACCGCAUAUCAUGAGAUUCGAAUCUUCAGACACUGCCCGUCUCCCGGCAAAACUGACGCAGUGUACAACGCUCGAAUGGUAGUUUAAUAUUGCCAGGGGUUUACCCUUCUUCCACCCAAACACCCGAAUCCUAUGUUACCAGGUAAGUAAAAGCAACAGCUCAGAGUGUAGUGUACCUCCCGUCCCAUCCUCCAGAUGCCAUUAUCUUGCAGUCACCUCUAACAGCCACGUCUGCCACCCCAGGGUUCUUCAACUCCACACCAAACCUCUUCCCAAUCACACUCUGCCCUCACACAGAGCUAUCAUGAACAC